GAGGAAGUUCAUUUACUGAUCAGAGUGUGCCCUGAGAGGCCGCGCAGCUCCUUCUCCCACAUUCACUGGGGAGUCUUGCUCUGCAAGUGCGAUUGCAGGCAGUUUGGGAGCACACACCCCACACCUGCUGCCCGCUGCUUCUGUGCCUCUGCAUCUGCCACCCCUGGGUCCCAAGUUCCAGCGACUUCUCCUGUCCCACACUCUCCGCUUUCCUCCCCGUGUGCCCCAAAGAAAGGGGACGUGCUCCGGAGAUUUUCCACGGUGAUGAUAGCAUUUGAAGACCUUGCUGUGUACUUUACGUGGGAGGAAUGGCAGAAAAUGAACAAUGCUCAGAAAAUCCUGUACAGAGAUGUGAUGCUGGAGACCUACAGCAGCCUGUUCUCCUUGGGGCACUGCAUUACCAAACCUGAUUUGAUCUUUCAGUUGGAGCAAGGAGCAGAGCCAUGGAUGGUGGAAGAAUGCCUGAAUCAGAGCCUUUCAGUGGUCAUGGAAAGGGAUGACCUGAUUAGGAUCAACCAGGAAAGUCAGGACAAAAAUCUGAAUCAGGAUUUUAUGAAAAAUAACAAGACAUCAGCGCUCAAGAGAGUUGAAUUAAGAAAAACCUUUAGUUUAAAUUCAAGCCAUAUUCCAACACUGAUUAUUAAAAAUGGAACCUAUUCAGGAUUGAAGUCUGAGGAAUGCAAUAAAUGUCACACUGUGUAUCCCCCCAAUGGGCCUGAUCAACUACAGGCUGGAGAGAAAUUUGAUAACACUAAGAUACCUGGAAUAUCUCUACAGUUCUGUGAAUCUCUUAGUCAGCAUGACAAUAUUCACAUCAUGAAGCAGCCAUUUGGACCCACUGCACAAGCAAAAGUCUUCACAAGAAAGAUGUUCUGUAAAUCUGAGAGGGUUCAUAUGGCAGAAAACUGCAAUAAGUCAACUGUCAGUUUUGGAAAAGCAACUCAAAUAGAAAAAGCUAUCCAUGAAAAUUCUAGCCUCAAUAUGCAUCAACAAACUCACACAGGAAAGAAAUUUUAUAAGUACAUUAGGUAUGUUGAACCUUUCAUUCACCAAUCACAUCUUGCAAUAAAUCAAAGACUAAAUACAAGGGAAAAACUCUACACAUGUAAUCCUUGUGGAAAAUCACUCAGUUUUAAUUCACCUUAUGAAUGUAAUGACUGUGGAAAAGCCUUUGGACAAAAGUCAGACCUCAGGAAACAUCAGCAAAUUCACACAGGGGAGAAACCUCAUAAAUGUAAUGACUGUGCAAAAAGUUUUGGACGAAAGUCAGACCUGCUCAUACAUCAGAGAAUUCACACAGGGGAGAAACCUCAUAAAUGUAACGACUGUGGAAAAGCCUUUGCAAGAAAGUCAGACCUCAUCAUACACCAGCGAAUUCACACAGGGGAGAAACCUCAUAAAUGUAAUGAUUGUGGAAAAGCCUUUGGACACAAGUCAUACCUCAUCGUACACCAGCAAAUUCACACAGGGGAGAAACCUCAUAAAUGUAAUGACUGUGGAAAAGCCUUUGGACAAAAGUCAUGCCUCAUAGUACACCAGAGAAUUCACACAGGGGAGAAACCUCAUAAAUGUAAUGACUGUGGAAAAGCCUUUGGAAGAAAGUCAUACCUCAUAUUACACCAGCGAAUUCACACAGGGGAGAAACCUCAUAAAUGUAAUGACUGUGGAAAAGCCUUUAUACAAAAGUCACACCUCAUUGUACACCAGAGAAUUCACACGGGGCAGAAACCUCAUAAAUGUAAUGACUGUGGAAAAGCCUUUGGGCAGAAGUCAUACCUCAUUGUUCACCAGAGAAUUCACACGGGGCAGAAACCUCAUGAAUGUAAUGACUGUGGGAAAGCCUUUGCAAGAAAGUCAGCCUUCAUCAUACACCAGCGAAUUCACACAGGGGAGAAACCUCAUAAAUGUAAUGACUGUGGAAAAGCCUUUGGAAGAAAGUCAGACCUCAUUGUACACCAGCGAAUUCACACAGGGGAGAAACCUCAUAAAUGUAAUGACUGUGGAAAAGCCUUUGCAAGAAAGUCAUACCUCAUCGUACACCAGAGAAAUCACACAGAAGACAAACCUCUUUAGUGUAAUGACUGUGGAAAAGCCAUUGGACACAAGUCCUGCCUCAUAUUACACCAGAGAAUUCACAUGGGGCAGAAACCUCAUGAAUGUAAUAACUGGAAAAGCUGUUGGACAAAAGUCACACCUCAUCAUACACCAGAGAAUUCACACAGUUCAGAAACCUCAUGAAUGUAAUGACUGUGGAAAAGCCUUUGUAUGAAAGUCACACCUCAGAUCGCACAGGGAGAAUUCACACAGGGGAGAAACCCCAUGAAUGCAAUGACCAAGGGAAAGCCUCAGGAUAAAAGUCAAUCCUUUGGAAUCAUCAGAGAAUUCACACAGAGAAGAAACCUCAUGAAUGUAAUGACUUUGUAAAAGACUUUGGAUAAAAGACAAACCUCAUAUCACAGCAGGAAAUUCACACAGGGUAGAAAACUUGUGAUUGUAAUAACUGUGGAAUGCAUUUAGCCAUAAGUCAACCUUCAUUGUGCAUCAGAGAAUUCACAUGGGGCAGAAACCUUAUGAAUGUAAUGACUGGAAAAGCCUUUGGACAAAAGUCAAACUUCAUAAUGCCCUAGAGAAUGCACACAAUGUUGAAACUUCAUGAGUGUAAUGACUGUGGAAAAACUUUUGAUUGUAAAUUCCAACUCAAAAUGUAUCAGAGGAUUCACAUAGGGAAAUAACCUUAUAAGUGUAAUGACUGUGGAAAAGUUUUUUUUUUCUAUAAAUUAUACCUUAUAUCAUACACAAUUAACACAGGGCAGAAACCUUAUGAAUUUAAUGAAUGUGGAAAAGCCUUUAUAAAUCAUAUGUUAUAAAUCAUAGCUCAUAUCACACCAGAGAAUUCACACCGGGGAGAAACUUCAUGAAUGCAAUGACUGUAGAAAAGCCCUUGGCAAUAAGUCACAUCUCAGAAUGCAUCAGAAAAUUCACAUGAAGAGAAACCUUUUGGACAUAAUGACUUGGAAAGCUUUUUCCUAUAAUUCAGCCCUCAUUGCACAUCAUCUAAUUCAUAUGAGGGAAAACACUUUGGAUAUAAUGCAUAUGGAAUAGCCUUUAUCCAUAAGUAAUACCUCAUAAAAUAUCAGAGAAUUCACAUGGGGGAGAAACACUAUGAAUGGAAUGAGUGUUGGAAAACUGCCAAAAUCACGCACUAUAACAUCAGAAAACUUACUACAUGGUGGAAAUCUUGUAAUAAAUGUGGGAAAGCCUUUUUUUCAGAAGGAAUACCUCAUAACAGAUAGUUCAAACAAGGGAGAGAACUUAAGAAUAUAAUGAAUGUGAAAGACUUUUUCCAAAAUUAACAUAACCAUGUGACAGAGCCUUUUGCUGGAAAUUACAUCCCAUACAAUAGGCACUCCCAUAAGGAAGAAAGGUUGGGACCAGUGCUGUGGCACAGUAGGUUAAAGCUCUGGCCUGAAGUGCCGGCAUACCAUGUGGGCACCGGUUCUAGUCCUGGGUGCUCCUCUUCUGAUCCAGCUCUCUGCUAUGGACUGGGAAAGCAGUAGAAGAUGGCCCUGUACCCACGUGGGAGACCCAGAAGAAGCUCCUGACUCCUGGCUUUGGAUCACUGCAACUCCAGCCAUUGCAUCCAUCUGGGGAGUGAACCAGCAGAUGGAAGACCUCUUUCUGCUUCUCUGUCUCUCUGUAACUCUGUCUUUCAGAUAAAUAAAGUAAAUCGUUAAAAAAAAUGAAGAAGUUCAGAAAUAUUAGUGUGACAAAAAGCCAUUUGUCAGAAAUUGAUCAUUAUACAUCAGAGAAUUCUCACAAGGGGUUUCUUAGGAAUGUAAUGAAUUCAUGGGAUUCAGGCUUGCAUGAAUAUGCAACUCAAAAAAGAUGAUAUUCUUCAAGUGCAGUACGUCUGAAAAAACCAUAGCCAGAAAUUAAACAUCAGGCUGGCGCUGUGGAGCAGUAGGUUAAUCCUCCACCUGCGAUGCUGGCAUCCCAUAUGGGUGGCAGUUCUAGUCCCAGCUGCCCCUCUUCAAUCCAGCUCUCUACUGUGGCCUAGGAAAGCAGUAGAAGACAGCCCAAGUGCUUGGGCCUCUGCACCUACAUGGGAGACCAGGAAGAAGCAACUGGCUCCUGGCUUGAGAUCAGUGCAGCUCUGGCCAUUGUGGCCAUUUGAGGAGUGAACCAACAGAAGGAAGACCUUUCUCUCUGUCUCUCUCACUGUCUGUAACUCUACCUGUCAAAUAAAUAAAAAUCUUAAAAAACAAUAAAUUAAACAUCAACAAACACUAGAGAAUUCAUACAGUAAAAUGUCAAUUUAAUGAAUGUGAAAAAAUUCUUCUGCCUUUAAUCAAUUCACAUGAAGAGACUCAGAAAUGAGAAAACAUACAUGCAUAGAAAAGUCAUGUACCGUACAUCACCUUCAAUGGUUACCUGACAACUCAUAGAAGGAAAAAAUCCUAUGACUGUAUUUAAUGGGAAAUACCUUUAUUAUUAGGCAAACUUCCACAAAACUUAGCAAGAUUACAGACAGAAGUUCCUGAAAUAUAAUUUGUUUAGAAGAAUUCUUUGGUGGAAUUACACCUUAGUAAGUAUUGGGCAGUUUUCAUGAUGAAUUGUGACAGAAAGUGUUUAACCAUUCUUCAGAAAUUUUUCUCUUAUACAUCCUGCACUUUUGGUUCCUUAUUAUUGUGAGUGGGAUCAAGUAUGUGAACUGAA